AGAAUCAUGGAGGAAGGGGCGAAACAGUGAUGAAUCGUCUUGAUGAUAAGAACAUAUUAGCUUUUUCCAUGUAGCUUAGUUUUCUUUUGUUGCUGUCUUUCAGUAGUGUUGCACUGGUGUUGAUGUCAACAGUUCUGUAGUGUUUGUGGCUCUGUGGUUUUAACUUCACUUGCAACUGUCGCUUUUGGUUUACUAAUGAUUUUUAGUAUGCACUGAAGGGUGGUAUAACAAAUUUUGAGAGUUUAGAUUCUGAUGUUUUUCCAAACAUAAUUUAAGAUUUUUUUUUAAUUAAAGUGAAAGUUAAAAAAGCCUAGAGGACAAAGAAGGCUUACACAUAAAGACUUUAAUGGUCAAGUUCUUCCUACCAUUCUGUUUUGCAGUGCAAGGCUCAAAAAUUGCAGUCUUUAAAAGCCACUGUCUGAUUCUAUAAGUGCAUAGAUCUUUGCGUUUAUGCUUGAGUUUUAAGCACUGAAGUUACCAGGCUCUCUGAGCAUGUAUCUGGGCUGUGCUGGAUUUAAAAGGAAAUGCUGAUUUUUUUUUUUUUCUGUGGGAACUGAUGAAAAGAUUGUGAACCUGAAAGCUUUUCAAGUUUCUGUGCAUGCAACCCAAACAAUACCUAGAUGCCUAAUUCAAGUCUGUGGAUGUGUGUAUUCUCAAGCUGCAAAUGAGAAGGAUGGAGUCAAGUUCUUCAGAAAUAUAGGAGUUUUUCUCUUGCUCCUGGACCUAGAGAAAGAGGGAUUCUUUGCAAUAUUUUGAUGGAAUAAUGUCCUCAUUCCAGAAAAAAAAAAUAAAAUGACUGCUUCUUUCUGUCGAAGGUUAAUCCUUGUUCAAAGCCAUUUCUACUUAGCAAUUGUUUUCUGAUGUACUGUGGUUUGAGUUUUAUGCUUUUGAAAUACAUGCUACUCUUCUGUAGGCAAUACAGACAGUUAUUGUAUUGAGGUAGAUUGUUCCACUGUCUGAAAUUUAAGGUCUAGAAAAUUUGUAGGUAGAAUGUCAGAGACAGGCAGAGCAGCGCGUAAGAGUUAAAGCCAUAGCCAUCCUCAGUGUUAUAUUUCACUUAAGCAAGUGAGAUAAAUCAUAUUGUCAUUUGGGGUGUUGACUGGUGGGUUACAUCCUAUAUACAAUAUACAGUCUGUAUAUCCUUUCUGGUUUCUCAUACAGUGUACAUCCUUUCAUACAAUUCUUUGUUUGUUAAAAUCAUUAAGCUAUUUGGUUGCUCCCUCUCUAUAUUUUUGUCACUUUAAUUACUGGAAGGCAAAAGUUACUUGUAGUUCACAGACCUCCUCCUUCACUGUGUGCAUGUGCUGUGUGUCCUUCCUCUUUUAGAAGUGUCCAUGAUGCUAUCUACGGUUCUUGCAGUCUCUGUUGGUAUUGUUUGGUUUUUUUAACUACCCAUCCUUAUGAAUAGCUCUGUUUACACCACUUACAGGCUUUUGUGCAGCAGACUCAGGUUGGAAUGAUUCUUGUCAGUGUUAAAGUCAGUCUUUUGAGAACAAGAAAGAUACUUGACAGACUUAUUUUCACUUUUUUGCUCUUCAGGAGAGUUGUGAACACCAAGAACAGCACUAACAAUAUCGUCAUGUAGAUUUGGGAAGCCAGUGCCUAUCAGUUGAUUUUUGAAAAUUUACUUCUAUGGCUCUUAGAACUGCAUACUUAUGUCUUAGUUUUUUAAUUCCAGAGAACAAGAAUAUGGGAGCCUCAACAGUUAGCAGUUAAAACACAUGGCCUUAGUUUUAUAUCUACAGAAGUUUAAUAUCUGGGAAGAAAACCCAUUUGUUUUGUACCUGAAUAUUAGUUACAUAAAUAAAUUGUAGGAGUGUACAGUAAGCAAAUAAUAUGGGCAGGUCCCACUACAUCAUCCUACAUAUGGCUUCUUUUUAGAAAUUCUCCUUUGUAAUUUUGAAGGCACAUGUGGAAUAUUUGUCCCAUUGAAAUAAGUGGCAAAGGCUGUUUUUAAAUGAAGGGAUAGGAGCUACAGAAUUGAGGGUAGUCAUUAGAGAGAUGAGUUACUAAACCUCAGUUGAUUUCUUUGCUUUGUUUUAACAGUGAUGUUUGAAUUAUAACAAAAUGCUCUGUGUUGUUAGAUAUCUUUGUGAGGAAGAAAAAAAAACAAACAGAAAAGUCUAUUUAAUUGCUCAAGUACCAUAAAAGAGAGAAAUAGGAAAAAAAAAGUUUUAAUCUGUUAUGUUGUAUAUCUCCCUAGCUCAUUAUACUGUUGCUGGAUGAAGAUCAAUAUUGCUGAUUAACUUUGAAGUUGAUUCUUUCUAGGUGGAAUAGAUCAGCUUCUCAGCCUGCUGGAAUAAAGUGUGAAGUAAAUACUUUGAACUAAAAAGCUGUGUAAAUCUUCUAGUUGCUCUUUUCACUAGAGGCUUGGAAUCCUGAUAAAGCAGCUAUGCCUGUUCAGUUGCUGAAGAUCGUGAAAGAACAGUCUGAGACUCCACUACCAAGCCAUUUGCAAAAGGAGGAUUUGAAACACUUGCAAGAAGGCUCUGAUCAUACCAACAAAUAUAUUCAGGGAAUAGUUGUUCUUUCCUACCCAUUAACAAAACUCGGAGAUGGGACAGACUUUUUCAAGAUUGUUCUUCAAGGUGUGGAUGACUUGUGUUCCCGGGACAACAGCAUCAAUAUUUUAAUAUAUGGAAAAAUGGCAGAGGAUUGUGCGAAAAUUAUACGCCAUGGGGACACCUUCAUAGUUGCAGGAUUUAAGGUGAUAAAAUCGCCUACAGCGAGAGAGGAUGGUAGACAUGGUUGUCACCUGGAGGUGUCUGAAGAAGACGGAUCAGCCAUUUACUGCCUUCAAUUUUGCAAUCAGAUUUACACUAAACCAAGAACAGCUACUGCUUCAGAAACUGCAUUUGUGUCUAUUGCUCCAAAAUAUGUGUAUACUCCCUUGAAUCAACUUAAAGAUGGAACUAUAGUGAAUUUGUAUGGCGUUGUGAAAUUCUUCAAGCCUCCGUAUGUUAGCAAAGGCACUGAUUAUUGCUCAGUUGUAACACUUGUGGACCCAUCAAAUGUGAAGUUAACAUGCACUCUUUUUAAUGGAAAUCCAGAUUCCCUACCAAAAAUUUACAAAGUUGGAGAUAUUGCUCGAUUUCAUAGAAUAAAGAUCAGGGAAUACAAUGGACAAAUGCAGGGAAUUACCAGUGGAGGAUUUGCAUCCUUGACAUUUGAUGGAACUGUAGGAGCGCCAGUAGUUCCUCGAACUUCUAGCAAAGUGUACACUUUCAUGGAUGAAGAACAUAAAACAAUAGAAGAAUUACGUGUUUGGGCAGCCAGUAAUAUUUCCAUCUCUGGACCAGCAGCAAAAUUGUCUAGUGUUCAGCCAAUGCUGUUCUUUGAUCUCACUUGCCAGCUAGUAGGAAAAGCAAAAGUGGAUGGAUCUUCUUUUCUUCUAAAGGUAUGGGAUGGCACAAAAUGUCCCUAUCCAACGUGGAGAGUACCUGUGGAAGCAAAGGACCUGGAAGGAGAAAGGGUUCUUCUUUAUCAGCUGAGAAAUCUAAUGGUGGACAUUCUAGUCUAUGAUAACCAUGUACAACUGGCAAAAUCACUUAAGAUUGGAAGUUUUCUGAGAAUUUACAGCAUUCAUGCGAAACAAGCAAGUGCUGAUAAUGAAGAUGUCUCACAUAUAGAAUUUCAUCUUCAUGGUGGCACCUGUUACGGUCGAGGAAUAGGAGUCUUGCCAGAAAAUAACCCCGAUGUUAAGGAACUAAAAACAUUCUUAGAAUCUGUGGAUCUGGCAGACAGUCAGAAUAUGGAAAGCAUGUCUUCAGUGGAAUUAGACGGCACUUUUAGCGAUUUUACGGAUCUUGAAUCGCACUUACAGAGAUGUCAGCAGUUACCUGUUACAGUAUUAACAGAUCAUCAGGAUUUGAAUAACACAGAACUGAAAACCAUUAUGAACAGCACAGCUCCUCAACAGUAUCGCAUUAGAGCAAAGCUGAGAACCUAUAAACCCCAGAAGCUCCAUCAGUCUGUUAAACUUCAUUGUUCCAAAUGCAACUCCUUGCAAGAAGUUCCAGAUGGAGAUGUGUUUGACUUUAUUUUACAACGCUCUGCCAUGACUGCCCCAAACCCAGAAUUACACAAUUCAUCCUGGUAUGAUUCUGUAAUGUGGACUACACAAGACCAGAAGCAAAGGAAAAUAGCUAUCCAUUUCGUAAAGCAUGAUGAAAUGCUUCGACAGCCUGAAGACACCUUGCUUAUGAUAGAAGGUGGAACACUGAAAGAAGUCUGGAAGCUUACAAAAAGGUUUAAGUGUGUUAUUCCUGUGAGAUCCACAGAAGUUGAUCUGGAAUUAUUAGAUCUUUCAGCUCCUUUUCUUUUACAAGGGAAUGUAAAAUAUUAUGGGUGCAAGCAGUGUUCAGCUCCAAAGCCUAUCGAGAGUCUAAGUUCCAUGGCAGCAGAAGAGCGACCAUCAUGGGACCCAACUGAAAUAGCACAAGUUUUAGGUAUUGAACUUCUUCAGUAUGUUUUUAUUAUGAAGUUUACUCUGGUUGAUGGAACAGGAGCACUAAAUGCAUACCUUUUUGAUUAUGAAAAGUUUUUCCAAAUUCCUGCCUCUGAAAUCCUAACUAACAAUUUUCUUCAGAAAAAGAUGCAGAUGACCAUGAAUAUGCUCUGUCCUCCAGGAAGAAAAUUAGGUGACUUGCCAUGGCUGGAAUGCUUCAUCAAGUCCUAUAAUGUCAGAGAUGCGAUGAAACAUCAAGUUUGUUACCAAAUUUUUGACACUACAGUUGCUGAAGAUGUUGUAUAGUCAUGUGUUGCUACUAAGAAGUAAGCCAGUAAGGAAUUUUUGGGGGUGGUUGGGAUCACAGGCUGUAUUAAAAGAAAUCUUUGUUCCUUUCUCAGAAAUUCAAGCUGUGUGUAUGAAUUUUUAGUUUGUGUAUGAAUAUGAAUGGGAAUUAUGCUUUGAUGUAUUUACAUACAGCUUUGUGAUGCGAGGGCAAGUGGAGGUGCUAAGCUUUUCACUGGAAGCUGCUUGGCUCAGGUUGAUGGAAGCAAUCUAGUACUCAUCUAUCCUUCAAAAAGGCAGUCUUGAGGUUACUGUAAACUGAUGAGUUUUACUUGGAAAAUCUAGUCAGAAUUAUGCUUCUUGUUAUUUUUGUAUAAUGUCAGCAAAGAUAGAAGGAGCUUUUCAGUAAACUCUUUCAGAUUACUUUGUGCAAGCCUCUGUAACUGUUCUCAGCCAGUUUGACAGGGAGAUUGUUGGUUUUUAGAGACUUCUUUGAUUUUGCACUGAUGCGUACAUUUAGACAGAACUCAUCCUCUUAAAAAUACUGAGGUAACUGCUACUUAUACCAGUUACUAUAGAUUCUGAUGGGGUUAUGAGCAUAACCAUGUAAUGAUUAUCACUAAAAUUAAAGUCAAGUCAUGAAAGUAAGGUAGUAUAAAAUUGUUAAAUGAAUAUUGACAUUUGGUAGAUGGUGUAAUGACUUUUAGGGUGGCCCUGUUGGGUACCAAAGUUGGUAGCAUGCUUAUUAGCUGGGUCUGUGUUUUCAAAGGCUCUCAUGUAUCUGGCUAAAUGUACUGUCAGACUGCACUGCCUAGAUCUGCCUUUUCCAUCUUACGUAAUCAGAUUGUAUGACUAAAUUUAGAGAUACAGAAUUGAUCGAGUGCUAUCAAGGAUUGAAAAUUCUACGGGACUAGAAAAGUGACUUGGUUGUUUUCCUUUGCGUUCAGAAGUCCAUAGAACAAAUUCAGGACAUUUUUCUCCAUGGAUUUUUACAUUAAUAAUCCAUGGAGAAAAAUGUCAAAUCAGAUGCUUUCCGCCAGAGCAAAAUUACUUAAUACUUAAACAGCUGUUUUUAAUGAAGUUCAGGAGCAAGAUGGAAUAUCUAUUUGUAAGUAGAUUAUUAUUUUGAUAGUAGAUGACUUUUUUUUUUUUUCCUUUUUCAGGGAUGUUUAGUAGAUUAUGCAAUUUGUCAUUUAAAAUUUCAUCAAAUAUUUUCUGAUAAUUUUCUGAUUUCUGAUAAUUUUCUCUAAAAAAUUAUAUUGGGUUUAUAUGUUGUGAGCCAGGAGAUUGUUCCUUACUGAUUGGUGUAUAGGCAGAACCAAUAUUAAAAGUGGUUAGUGGAUAUCUCCUUUAAAAAUCCUGAAAAAUAAAACAACUUUGGACUUGAACAAGCAGUUUGUAGAGUCUACAGAGUUAUGAAGGUUCACCUGAAUAUUUGAAUAAAUGUAUCAACAAAAAUAGUUACAGCAAGUUACUAAAUGAUUAUUAUAAAACUUUGGACGCUGGCCGCAUCCAGAUAACUUCAGAAGCUACGGGUUAAAUUAAAGGCAAUAUUUUUUGCUUUUAUUGUAUAUAGUGUAUGAAAACAAGAAUUUUUAUUUUUCUAUUUUUGUUAACUCUGAAAGCUAUUGGUAUUGUACAUUUUUUCUAAAUAAAUCUUUGUAAAGUAAUAAAUGAGAAUAUGUUUUGAAUUUUGGUGCAAAAUCAAUAUCACCAUGUACCUCGUCUGAGAUCCGUGCCUGAAAACUCUGCAUAUGCAUCACAUGAUUUUUUUACUGUUGAACAUUGUAUUAAAAUGCUUAAUAAAGAUAUCUCCAAAUAUUAAA